AAAUAGUUUUCUGGUUCCGGGCCUCACACCGCGCGCCGAAGCGAGGUGCUGCGGGUUCAACGGUUUUAUUAUUGAGGCCUGACCUGACGCUGCGCCUUAAAAACGAGACGUGGCCCUUUAAGGAAAGACCUCGGUUUCGUAACGGCUCGUGACGUCACGAGCACCGGGGUCACGUGAACAGCGCGUCUUCCAUGCGUCCCGCGUCCACGCACUGUCUCGCGCGCAGGCGGCAGAACAUGGCUGUGGGAUGCGGGCGCGUCGCAGGAGCCGCUCCUGUUAAAGCAGCCAAGACGUAGGAGGCGCAGCGAGCCGGUCGAACGGCGCCAUCCGGGGGCUUUUCAGAGAGACGUGCCGACGACGGGACUCUCUUUUUUUUUUUUUUUUUUUCCCCUCUUCUUCUUCUUUCCGGCGGGGGGAAGCAGUCGGAUGGUGUCCGGCUGAGGGAGCAGGAGGCACUCCGACGUCGUCGCGGGCGGGACGCCGCCGCCGCCGCCGGCCGGCCGCCGGGUUUCUCAGUCUCAGUCUGUGCCCCGGCCGCCGCGCUGCGGGCGCAGCAUGUUCUCCGUGCUCUCCUACGGCCGCCUGGUGGCCAGAGCUGUGCUGGGCGGACUCUCCCAGACCGACAGCCGCGACUAUAGCCUGGUGACGGCCAGCUGCGGCUUCGGGAAGGACUUUCGGAAGGGCAUCCUCAAGAAAGGCAUGUGCUACGGGGACGACGCGUGCUUCGUGGCGCGCCACCGGGCGGCCGACGUGCUGGGGGUGGCGGACGGCGUGGGUGGCUGGCGGGACUAUGGGGUGGACCCCUCCCAGUUCUCAGGAACCCUGAUGAGGACGUGCGAGCGGCUGGUGAAGGAAGGCCGCUUUGUGCCCAGCAACCCCGUGGGGAUCCUCACCACCAGCUACUACGAACUGCUGCAGAACAAGGUGCCCCUUCUCGGCAGCAGCACGGCCUGCAUCGUGGUCCUCGACCGACAGCAGCACCGACUGCACACGGCCAACCUGGGCGAUUCGGGCUUUCUGGUGGUGCGUGGCGGCGAAGUGGUGCACCGUUCUGAUGAGCAGCAGCACUAUUUCAACACGCCCUUCCAGCUAUCCAUCGCACCUCCUGGAGCCGAGGGUGCCGUUCUCAGUGACAGUCCCGAAGCAGCAGACAGCUCCUCGUUUGACGUCCAACUAGGGGACAUUAUCCUGACUGCCACGGAUGGCCUCUUUGACAACAUGCCCGAUCACAUGAUUUUGCAGGAGCUUCAGAAGCUCAAGAACAGCAAUUACGAAAGCGUGCAACAGAUCGCUCGGAGCAUAGCGGAGCAGGCCCACGAACUGGCCUAUGAUCCCAACUACAUGUCGCCUUUCGCACAGUUUGCCUGUGACAACGGACUGAAUGUACGAGGGGGAAAGCCGGAUGACAUCACAGUCCUGCUAUCCAUUGUGGCUGAAUACACAGACUAGUUUGACGACCUUCCUCCUCCUGUGACUUGUGCUUGACUUCUUACAGGCACAAUUGGGGACUUUUCCACAGCUAAACAUCCGCCGUCCUCCCAGAAGCUGGGACUCCUGCAGUCCUGCUGAGCAUUGGCCCCACGUGGUGUAGUUUGGCUACAGACAGCUGCAGCACCAGUGUGUUUUAUAGAGAGAGAGAGAAAGAAGUCAGCUAAGGUCAAAAUAAGGACUCUUGUGCAGGUUGAGCCACUGUGGCCAGAGAUGGUACAGGCUAUCGAUCUGACUGCCUCACAGUUUAACCUCUGUGGUAGAAUGUAGGUAUGGUGUGAUUGCCAGGUCUCCAUGUCACUUGUGCUGGGGUGGGCUGUGGGGUUGGGGAGGGUAUUAGUCCAAUUACGAUAAUUGGACUCGCUGGCUGGGAAAGUGGCAUUAAGAGGGAGUCGCAACAAGGUCACGAACAUAGUAAUUAAAUUAGGAAAACUAACGACGAGGCAAGGGUGCUUCUAAUACUUCAGCUCUACUUUCUGAGCUUGGAGCUGCCCCGUUGUAUAGAAAAGAUCCCCACCCACCUUGAGUGUGUGGUGAACAGAGGGAGGGGGUUUGUGUUUCUUGUUUCCAUGGUAACAAGAUGGUUUGUAUAUAGUUUGCUUUGCAAGGCUGAUUUGGUGGUUUUUGGGAAAACAGGCAUCGACUCAGUCAUCAUGCACCAGGCCACAACACUCAAAGCACAAGACUGACAUCCCAGAAUCCUGCAGCACUGCAGGAAAAGAUUACGAACAAUAGACAUGCAUGGCUACAGGUUUCGCUGACCACAUUUUUAAAUUUCCCAGGGUAUUUCCAAGGUGUAGGAGUGAUGGUAUUAUCUGUGACUCUCAUAGUGACAAUUUAGAUGUAUUUCUAAUGAUCACUGGCACCUUGGGAUGGGGGGAGGGAUGUGGAGGGGUGCUGAACAUGAGAUUGGUGCAGUUAAAGUAGCGUGGCCUCAACAGCUGGUGCACUGAUGUCACUUCUCUGAAAAAGCCAUUUACAGUAAAUAGGCCUGUUUGCAGUCAGGUUCUUUAAGUAAAAAAGAGUGUCUAUUUUUGUUUACUGUAGAAAUGUAGUUUGUGUAAUGUGCACCUUCAAUGUAUUUUUUGACCAUCUUUCAUGUACUCUUGAUUAGUUUUUCCAAACCACAGGGAAAAAUUGGGACUAAUUUAGCGGUAAAUCGAUUUCGACCCAAGCACUUUGGCUCACGUCUGCUAAACCAGCACCACGUGCGACACGGCCAAAUCAUCUUUCCUCUUAUCACUGCAGCUGCCCUGUCUGCACACCGUAAGCCUGGAGCCACAGACAAUCCAGAAGUUUUAGUCCCUCUUAGGGCAGCACCUGAACUAUAAACACUCCCACUCUCAUGCCACCAGCUCUUGGUGAACCAUAGUACAAAACAAAUCAGUUCUAGCAGGUACCAUGCUGGUUAACCCACUCUAAAUGCUUCCUCCCUUUAAUUAUACAGCAAUACUGUAAUAUAAAAAUGGAACCUACUUUGGUUUAUGACAGUGGAACUCCUGAGUCCCAGUGGACAUUUCUGGCACUCUGAAUGAAAUGGAGGAUAAGUAACAUUACAACAUACCACUGUCCUGCUCAAGAGCUGGAAGAAGCCACUCUGGGUGUCUGUAAA